AUGGAAAGCGACGUUCAUAGACCUGAGGAGAUCAACGAAAAAAUAAGUGCGAUGCUCGCGGCUACGGAAGCUUUGAAGCCUGGCGCAGGCCAGCUGACAAGCCCAAUGAACUCAAAAACGCCACGAGCACUCACUUCCAAAGUUUUGUCGAAGGUUUCGAGUGCUUGGGAUCGCCUGAACACGAAGUCUCCAGGCUUUGAGAGUGGCCACAUAGGCUCGGACGCUGCAACAUCGAUCCAAGUUACAUCCCGAGACACACAAUUUACGAUUAGAUCCAUAGACAUUCGGAAAAAUGAGGGCAUCAACAUCGGGAAGAACGAAAAGGCCAGGAAGCUCGCUGGUAUUGAGGUCAGCCGCCGCCCAGUCGCCUGCAGCAAAAGAUCGUUCUUGAAUAGGCCACGGCCAGGCAGCGAGAUUUGUUCUACGCCUUCUACCGUUGAAAGCGAACCCUUCAAUACUUCUGGUGACAGAACCUGGAAGCUGAUCGCAAGGUCUUCCGGUCCCUUUGGUGCUGAACCCAGGUUUGAUUUAGAUCUCGAGGAUAGGGUCCUGAGCAUCAGACCUGAUGGGUCUUCAACUCCCCGAAUCCUGAUUCAGCACAGACGAGCCACCCGAUCCGUCGAUAGCAGAAUACGGUCCGGCGAAUUUGGGUUCUUUUUAAGCAAACAUCGACAUAGUGCCACAAAUUAUGCUGUCAACUACGGGGAAGUUGCCAAGAGCUCAACAUUAGCUGUCGACAACGAAUCUCAAGACGAGUUUUUGAAUACGCCUCAAACCCUUCCAUUCGGCCACUACCUCAAGCCUCCAACUGAAUGUAGGCGAGUAAAGAAGCACCCAUCCCCCAACAAGGAGUACCUUGAGCGUCUUAAGACGGCGCUUGAAGAAUACACAACCCUCAAAAUAUCUGGUGCCGGCGACCGGGAUCUUGAUGAGCUGGCCGACAUGCUUUCUUAUACAACACACCCUCUUACCUCACGAGAAAAGAAUCAAUUGCCCCGUAGGUGCUUGACCUUACCACUCGAACGGAGACCCGAUCCGAAGGGGAGCAUGAAAGCAUCCCCCUGUCACUUGCCUAGAGGUACAUAUAGAUUUGGGUCCACACGAUCUAGCGGAGUUACAGAACAUCAUCGCAUCGCUACGAGAUCUUUUCGUACUUUUCGACCUCAUGAUGAUAGUGCUGACGACCCAGACGAGCUACGAUAA